AUGGCCGACUCUUCAUCUGACUUCGAAUUGAGUGACUAUGGCGGUGCGGACGACCCUCUCUUUGGCGCGAAGGCUAUAGCAGCUAUGCAGGCAAAUGUAGCUGUCGAUCGAGUUGAGUCGAAGAAGAACAUCGACAGUCCCCAGGAUGCUGCCAAUGCCCCAAAUACGGCAACAAGCCCCAAGUAG